AUGGAUGUAGAUCUUUCUGAACUUGAUGAUUGGUUAGGCACCUUGGAAGAAUUACAACUGGGACUGGAGAAGACUGCAAUUUCUAACAGUAAUAAUCAUAACAAUAAUAGUAAUAAUAAUGAGAACUAUGAUUCUAUUAGAACCUCCAACGUGCCACCUCCGCAUGUAAAUAAUGUUAAUCCCAUAUGUCUGAAUAAGCCACCAAGUCCACGUCUUCCAACAAAUGUAUCCUCAUCUCCUCACACACAAUCAUCCACUUAUUAUUGGACAGGAAAUCCCACUGGUCCAACAUUCUCCUCUUCCACCAAUCAGAAUUUAAAUGUCUCCCAAGGAUCAGCUUAUCCGCAUUCAACAUCAUCAUCAACGGCAACAACACCGACGCUGAUAAAUAAUGGUAGCAACAAUAGUGUCAAUCCUACAAAUUCUUCAUAUGCUGCAAAACCUCCUGGAUAUAAUUCCGUGUCAUCAACACGUUUAUUGACUGAAAAUGGGAAUAGAGGGAAUGUUUCUGUUAAAAAGCCUAUCUCACAGAAACCAUCAAAUCAUGUGUCUUUUAAUCUACACAAUGCACAAGAAGCUACUGCUGAACAUGAUUUGAGUAGUCUACUUAGAGAACUUGAAGUUGUUGAAGAGAAAAUGAAAGAACUUGAACAAGAAAAUAAUCAAUUCACUCGACGUUACAGUCUUGCAUCAUCCUCCAGUGGAAAGCGUCAAAAUCAAACUACAUCUGACCAAUCGCAUGUCGAGAAUGCACUGGCCUCUUCAGUUGUCAAUAACAAUAAUAAUAAUAAUGAUAACGAUCAACCAGUUGUCUCCUUACCAGUUCCAGUUAGAAAAGGCAGUUUAGUAAAUAAAAGCAAUGGAUUUAUCUGUGCAGAAUGGGCGGCUAAAUUAAAUCAUGAUGACUAUGAUAAUAACAAUAAUAAUAUUGAUAAUAAUGAUAAUAGUAGUAUUAGCAGAAGUCGGAGUAGAUUUAUUAAACAAGAGAACACUUCACCGUCACCAUCACCACCUCCCCCUCCGCCAGCAUUUCUUGGUGCUGGUGAUGCAUGUGCAAGUCCAACAAAUACACUACCAUCGCCCUCACAUUCAUCACAUCCACAGAUACUACAACAGCCACAAGAACAGCAGGAACAACAUCAAGGCCAUCAUCAUCAUCCCCACCAACUCAAUGAAACAUCAUGGUCUAUAUCAAAUUCGAAUAAUUAUUCUACAGGUGGAAUGAAACCACAGGCAUCGAAUUCAUAUGAUGUUGUCAAUGCAGAUUACAAGUUACGACAGCCACAACCACAACAACAGCAUCAAGUAAACCAAGUACACGGGACAUCUCCAACUCCAGGUUACAAUUCACAUUCAUAUCAAAAUGUUGAGACUCAAAAACAACUUAUUAAUGAAUUGAGAGGAUUCUAUCGGAAUUCAAGUACAAGAGCACCGUCAGAGUUAACUGUCCAAUCUGGUAUGGAGAAGUUUAAGAAUUUUCCCAACUCAUCCUCAAGUCCAUCACCACCAUUUAAUAACUACCAACAAAAUCCAACAACAAAUAGGUUGAUACCACUGACAACGGAUCAGCUCGAAAUAGAAAAAUCCAAUAAAAUUAAUAAUACUAAUAAUAAUACGGAUAAUAUUAAUAAUAAUAAUCAUACCUAUGCUAGUUCAAAAAGCUCCGAUGGUUAUCGUUCGUGUGGAUCAUUAACAACUUAUCAAGGAUCAACUAGUCAAUAUGAUCAAGGAAGAAUGAUAGUGAUGAAAGGUGGUGGUCAACAAGAGUAUUGUGAAGAUAACAAUGAUAAUAAUAAUAAUAGUAUUGAUGCAAUUGUCCGCGGUGUUGGCGGCACUGGCGGGAGUUGGACACCACCAGAUCAUGCUUACCUUCGACGUGAAUGUCAUAAGACAAAUUCAUCAUUAGUAGUUACAACAAGAGGUGGAAGUGGUAGUGAUGGUUUGUCGAAUUCACUGAGUCCUGAAAGUUCCCUGUCGGAUAAAUCAGGAUCAGAAGCUAAUGAACUUAAUCGUCUUCAAAUGUCAGACAGUUCAGAGAAUAAUCAAAGAAAUAAACUGGUUGUACGCGUGUUUCGUCCGGAUAAAACAACUAAAGCUAUUCUAAUUGAUCAUCAUAUGACGGCUGGUGAAGUCGCCAGUAUGAUGAUAGAGAAGAACUUUUUACAAUCUUCAAUACACUUAGCACUGGUGGAGAAAGUUCCAGCUUUAAAAAUUGAACGAGUUUUUGAAGAACAUGAUCUCUUAUCCGAUUGUAUUUUGGCUUGGCCGACAAAAAGUCAAAAUAUGAUCUUUUUUGAAGAACGACCUGAUCACUUUGGUCUUGUUGAAUCACCGGAUUAUUGGAUUGGUGAAGAUAACAAUAAACAAGGCUUCCGUACUGCUGAAGCUAUUCAGACAAUGUUAAAUGAUAUUGAUAGUCAUGGUUUUCCUGAAUGGCGUGAUUACUUGUUUAUACGUAAACCUGGUGAUAAAUCAUGGUCCCGACGACUUUGUAUUCUAAGAAGUUCUGGUUUGUAUACAUCAAAUAAGAAUAAGAAGAAUCUCUCGUCGACAGAUCUUAUUCGCAUCUUGGUUUUGGAUGGACCAUUGAAGCUGUAUACAACUACAGGCGGUUGGACACGUAUGCGUGCACCUACACCGCAUGGUUUUGCCUUUAAGCCUUAUUCUGCACAAGAUCCUGCUUCAACGCAUGUAUUUUGCUUCUGUGCUACAGAUGAGAAAGCUCUACGUCAUUGGAUAUGUCGAUUACGUAUAGCUAAGUAUGGACGACAAUUAUUAACAGAUUAUCAUAUGGCCAUCAGUCGAGUUCAUCAACUAAUAAGUCUUCAAACUCAACUACCCCAUCCCCAUCAUCCUGAUCGUUCAAAUCAUCCCAUGUUAAAUAUGAAUCUACAAUCCAAAUCAUCUUGUGACUAUCUUUCACAAUCUUCAUCAUCUAUACAUACUGCUCAACAGCAUCCUCAUCAGCCUCCUCACCCAUCUCGUCCUCCGGCUGCUGGUGCUUCUGCUUCUGUGGCUGUUUUGCCUACAGGAAGUUCUACAAGUCUUCUAGUCUCUAGUUCAUCACCAUCUGUCUUUCCAUCACAAGAUGAUCAUCCAUUUUCAGAUCAAUAUCGAUAUCAAAGGAAACCAGAUCAAUAUUAUCAAUAUUCAUCAUCAAGUAGACAAUCAUUAAGUCCAAAUAUUCAAUCCUCACAUCAUCAUCAUCCUAUACGUCCUGUAUCCCCAUUAAUGGGUAUUCGUGCAAGAAUGUCUAAUAAUAAUAGUAAUAAUAAUAAUACUGUUGAUCACCAUCAAUCUUAUAAUAUAUUAAUGAAUCAUAAUCCUGCCUCAGAACAAUUAGGAAGACAGAAUAGAUUCCCUGUAAACAAUACACAUCAUCCGAUGGAAAGAUAUAAAUAG